GGCUGUUCCCGCCUCACCUAUUGCUACCGGCUUUGUUUCGCCACUGGACAGUUAAUACAAAAGAGGAACACUGUAGAGCUUCAUCAUGGGAGCUGUCGUAGCUGAUGAUGGUCCAUCUGGUGUCAAAGCCCCUGACGGAGGCUGGGGCUGGGCUGUCCUUUUUGGCUGUUUCAUCAUCACAGGAUUCUCCUAUGCCUUUCCUAAGGCAGUUAGUGUCUUCUUUAAAGAACUGAUCCGGGAAUUUGGCAUCGGAUAUAGUGACACUGCAUGGAUUUCCUCCAUUCUGUUGGCCAUGCUUUAUGGAACAGGUCCGCUCUGUAGCGUGUGCGUCAAUCGCUUCGGCUGCCGCCCUGUCAUGCUGGUGGGUGGCCUUUUUGCCUCCAUGGGGAUGGUGAUCGCCUCCUUCUGCACGAGCAUCGUUCAGAUCUACCUAACGGCGGGUGUGAUCACUGGUUUGGGUCUGGCACUAAACUUUCAGCCUUCCCUGAUCAUGUUAAACCGUUACUUUGACAAACGCCGUCCCUUAGCCAACGGGCUGUCCGCGGCUGGGAGCCCGGUCUUUCUUUGUGCUCUCUCACCGCUGGGGCAGAUACUACAACACGAGUAUGGCUGGAGAGGAGGAUUCCUUAUACUGGGUGGGAUGCUGCUCAACUGCUGCGUGUGUGGAGCUUUAAUGAGACCUUUGGAGCCACCCAAAACGUCUGAAGCUACCAAAGAAUCAACUGAGAAGAAAGCAAAGAAAAAACUGCUGGAUUUCAGUGUGUUUAAAGACGGUGGUUUUGUCAUCUACACGCUAGCAGCAUCCAUCAUGGUGCUCGGCCUCUUUGUUCCCCCAGUUUUUGUUGUGAGCUAUGCCAAGGAUUUAGGGUAUCAAGACACCAAAGCAGCUUUUCUUCUGACUAUUCUGGGAUUCAUUGAUAUCUUUGCUCGGCCUAUUUGUGGAAUGGUAGCUGGGCUUAAAUGGGUUAGACCGCGCUGUGUCUACCUCUUCAGUUUUGCUAUGAUUUUCAAUGGUUUUACAGAUCUCAUGGGUUCUAUGUCUGUCGAUUAUGCUGGCCUGGUGGUCUUUUGCAUUUUCUUUGGCAUUUCUUACGGAAUGGUAGGCGCUCUUCAGUUUGAAGUUCUCAUGGCUAUUGUUGGGACUCAGAAGUUUUCCAGUGCUAUCGGUUUAGUUCUCCUGGCGGAAGCGAUGGCUGUUCUUAUUGGUCCACCAUCAGCGGGAAAACUCUUGGAUGCAACAGGAAGGUACAUGUUCGUUUUUAUUAUUGCUGGAAUUGAAGUUACCACCUCAGCACUCGUAUUGGCCUUGGGAAAUUUCUUCUGCAUUAAGAAAAAACCAGAAGAACCACAUACAAAAGAUGAAGCAGCAGAAAGAGAGGAAUUAAACAAAUCUGAAGACAAAACUCCUGAAGAUGCCAAGGUGGACUCUAUUGAAGUGGAGCAGUUUCUGAAAGAUGAGCCUGAAAAAAAUGGUGAAGUUGUAACUAACCCAGAAACGUGUGUGUGAGCCUGACAGGACACCGACAAAGUGUUUAGAAAAGAAAGAUUUUUUUCAACACUAUUUAUUUUAGAAAUAGAACUAGUUUAGGGCUGGGCCAUCUGCUUUAUUAACUGGAGGCCGUUUAGCUCAUCAGGCGUCUCUGGAAGCCGAUGUGCUAGACAACCUUUUAUCGGAAAAUUAGCUUUAACAGUAAAAGGUGGAGUAUCGUGGUUAUACUUUUUAUGUAAACUUAAGAAGCUUUUAUAAACACAAGUAGAGUCUUGCUACGCAUCACCAGAAACAGCUCACUUGGAAGAGAUAUAGGAAGAAGUAUUUUUUAAGAAAAGUGGAAUCAUAUGUGUGUUUUCAGACAAUAGUGGUGAAAUCGCUGUGCUUGCUGUGCGGCUAAAUAUAAUUUCCCUUUCUGUGUUCUUUGUGAAGGGGAAAGUUUGAGAUGGAGAAAAAUCUCAGGAACUUAAAGGUCUCCAUUAGGUUUUUGAAUUUCUUACUUUUUUAGAUUUUUAGAUUAAUUGGCUCAGCCCUAAUUUAAUUUUGAUAUCUGUUACUUUGAUUUAUGUAAAUGUAUUUCUGAGUUUUGUCAAAAACUGUAAUCUUUGUAAUUAUCAUCCGGAAAUACUGUAUGUGGGAAGGCACAUUACAGAUCCUGUCCUCAGCAGAUCACGCAAGUGGUAUUCCCAGGUAGUACUACAAAAAAAAUAAUAAUAAAAUGAGCAGAAUGGAUCCUGGCAGACCACAAGCAAACCAAGUCAGCCUACUUUUACAUCCCCAGUUUUCAGCACAGUUUCCCUGCAGCACUGAAAAAUACUACAUAAUCCUACGAGUAACAUGGAGAAGACAGAUAAUAGGUUUAGUAGAAUUUUCUGAAAGACUGUCCGUUUUGUAUAUAAAAGAAACAGUGUAAGUUUCCAGAUGACCUAUAAAAUAGAGUGGGUAGACUUAGGGAAGGGACUGGACUAUUUCAAAACCUUAGCCAUCUUUAAAAUGCAACAUAGGAAGGUCUUUAAUUUUUUUUUUUUUUUUGCUCGGUUUACCCCACUUCCCUGUCUUUUUGCUUAAUCCAUGGACAUUGAAGGUGCUGUUCUUGCUGGCUGCGGAAACACAGUAGAACUGGUGAUGAUAUUUAUGACAGCAAUGCCUAAGGACCAGUUGAGAAUGGGGUCGGCUCUGCUUCUCGUUGCACAAACAGAACAGGGAGUCUCUGGUCAGUCUUUAAAUCAUCUCUGCCAUCGGUGUGGGGAAGGAGAAGAAACAGAUCAGACAAGGCAGCGAUGCACACUUGAAGAAAUGUAGGAAGGGAAAAGAUUCAUUGUGAGGACACUGAAUACAAAAGAAAGGAAGAUAUUCUACUUUUUUUUUUUUUUUUUCCACCAAACACAUUCAAGAAAUGCAAUCUUUUCUACAAAAUCGUACUACCCACCUUUCAAAGACAUUUAUAAAAAGCUCUCUAGGCUUUGUGACUGCAGCACAAUCCUCAAAACAGACUAAGUGUAACAGAUUUCUUGUUAGUAGCAAAGGAAUAUUGGCUUUCAGGUGCCAAAACUGUUCCACUUAAUAACUGAAAAUCUAAAAAAAACCCACAAACUGAGAGAUCCUAAUCCCUUAAAACCAUGUAUCCCUUUUAAAAGUAACACCAUUAGUUGUUUCAUACUCAACCAUUUUAACAGAAACAUACAGUGAAUCCAACAAAGUGCCAAAACCAUGACCCAUUCCCUAACGGAACGAUCUUAGAUACCAGCUUCCAUUCUGGUAGUUUCUUCAAAAGGGUUUUGCAUUCUUAGGACAACCUUGCACAGAAAUUGAAAAGUUAGGAUCACGACUUUUUUUUUUAAAAAAGAAAUGGGUGCUGCUCUGAAUAAACGGUUUUAUUUUUCUAUGGCA